UGCCGGCGGCGCGAGUUUCCAAUCUUUCCUUACCCGCACGCGUCCUGCGCGCACGGUGGGACCCUGACAUGAGGGUCGCGGCUCUGAUCAGUGGUGGGAAGGAUAGCUGCUAUAAUAUGAUGCAAUGUGUUGCUGCUGGACAUCAGAUUGUUGCUUUGGCAAACCUAAGACCAGCUAAAAACCAAGUGGAAUCAGAUGAACUGGAUAGUUACAUGUAUCAGACAGUAGGACAUCAAGCCAUUGAACUGUUUGCCAAAGCAAUGGCUCUCCCACUAUAUCGUCAAACCAUCAAAGGGACCAGUGUGGAGACUGGACGAAUGUAUAGCAGAUGUGAAGGUGAUGAGGUUGAAGAUCUCUAUGAACUUCUGAAAUAUGUUAAGGAAAAAGAAGAAAUAGAUGGUGUAUCUGUUGGGGCUAUUCUUUCUGACUAUCAACGAGUUCGAGUAGAAAAUGUAUGUAAAAGGCUUGAUCUUCAACCUUUAGCUUACCUUUGGCGUCAAAACCAGGAAGAUUUGCUUAGAGAAAUGAUAUCAUCUGACAUACAAGCCAUGAUCAUCAAAGUAGCAGCUUUUGGGUUAAAUCCAGAUAAACAUCUUGGGAAGACACUGGAUCAAGUGGAGUCUGAUCUCUGUGAGCUAUCUAAGAAGUAUGGUGUUAAUAUCUGUGGAGAAGGUGGGGAAUAUGAAACAUUCACUUUGGAUUGCCCUCUAUUUAAGAAGAAAGUAAUUGUGGACUCAUCAGAAGUAGUUUUGCAUUCAGCUGAUGCCUUUGCGCCUGUGGCUUACCUUCGCUUUUUAGAAUUACAUUUGGAAGAAAAGCAGCUGACAUCCCCAGACAAACUUUUCACAAUUAAUUGCUCAUGUGAGACUGAAUGUAAUAAGGAUCAUAUUCCUGUGAUAGCAGAAGAUAACAUCCAGUGUGAAAUCCCACCUCCCAUCUGGAAAUCAUCACAUCCUCCCCAUCUUUUCCAGUACUUUGAGAAAUCAGAGUGUUCAGUAAAAUCUCCAAGUGGUUAUCAGUGGAUUGGCUGCAUCACAGCUUCCUUUCUUCCAUCAGAGCAGGAAAGUAUUGUGGAUACAGCAGUUGAAGCAUUUUCUUCUCUCCAAGCUGUUAUCAAUGCAAAAGGAUUGGAAUUGAAAGAUAUUAUUUUGGUUUAUAUGUAUGUUCGAAAUAUGGAAGAUUUUUCUGCUAUAAAUUCAGCAUAUAUGAAAAUGUUUGAUUUGUGUCCACCUACAAGGGUCUGUGUAGAAGCUUUGUUGCCAGAUGGUCUCCUUUUUUCAGUUGACUGUCUUGCUCACAAGACCAACAAGAUGAUUGCUGAAGCAUUUCCUUGUUCCAAAGAAGUGAUGCAUGUGCAGAGUAUUUCUCACUGGGCACCUGCUAACAUUGGACCAUACAGUCAGGCCAUCAAGGUGGGAAAAACCCUAUACCUUGCUGGACAGAUUGCCUUGGUACCUUGCACAAUGAAGCUUGUGAGUGGUGGAGUCUGGACUGAAGCUUCUGUAUCCCUAAGGCACACCUUGAAAAUUCUUAAAGCGAUGAGCCCAGAAACUACACUCCACCAUGUCCUACUGGCACAUUGUUAUGUAACCAGCAGCAAGUACAUUCCAGCUGCUCUUGACACGUGGCAAAAGAAUUUGAGAACACAUAAAAAGGAAGAAGACUAUGAGACCUAUGGCAUCAUCAGUGAGACCAGUGGGAUCCUGGUAAUUGUGGUAGUACCCCGUCUUCCUAGAGAUUCUGCAAUUGAAUGGCAUGUUAUUUCAGUGAUGGAUGAGCCACUUCAAAGAAAGCAUUUCGUAUUGGAGAAGAAGUCUGAGGGUUGUCUAAUUGAGUGUGAAGCUGUCGAAUCCAUUUCUACAUCCUGUGUCUCCAUCUCCAUUUCCCUGAGAUGGAUGUCAUCCUCUGUUUCUUUGCCUGAUUUAAACCAGGUUCUUCAAGAUUUGGUGGCCGUGUUCUUACAGGCAAUGGGGAGACUAUCUGGAAACAAAGGGCUAGUACCUCUCUGCUUCAGAAUUUUCUAUAAGAAAGACUUCAUCGACAUCACAGCUUUUCAUUCAGGACUCCAGGCAUUGCUGGAAGAACAGAUGGAUGCCGUUCCUGCUCUGGUUCUGGUACCUGUGACUGAUUUACCCAAAAGAGAAAUUAUCCACAUCUCAUGCUGGCUCAGUGCUUAGUCCAUGUCUCAGAAGGCAAGAACUGCUGUGAUUUCUUGGGGAAAAAAAAUAUAUAUAUAUAUAUAUAUAUAUUUGUAUUAAUUGUAUUCCGUCUGUCCUUUUAAUUUCUUCAUUGUUGUUUUAUUGUUACUUUUUUUUAUAUAUAAAAACUGUUGUCACUUCCCAUUGAGUACUUCCUCCCUUACUAAAUAGAAUCUUCCCUUGUAACAAAAUACAGUUAACAAAAUAAGCCAGCAUAUAAACCAGAUCUAACAAAGAUCUGCACCUCUAGCCCAGCACCUCUUAGAAGAAAAGUGGAAAGCAUGAUUCACUAUCAGUCAUCUGGAGUAGGACAACUGGCCACAACAUUGAUCAAAGUGCUGAAACCUUUCAUUGUUGUUUUCUCUGUAGUCUCCUGAAGUGUCCAGACGUCUUUGAAUUGACAAGUGCAAAGUUAGGCGAGAAGUUUUAACACUUCAUUCACAGCCCUUUUAUUAAGCUAUGGAACUGCAAAUAAACUUUCCUACCAAAGCGUGCACCUAUGUUUUUCUUAGUUCUCAAAGAUUUCCUGCCAACCCAUUCACUGUAACUCUUGGCUCCUGCUGGAGCUGGAGGGAUGCCAGCAUCUUCAGUCACACUGAUUGAAACUUGAAGACGGAUUGGUUCAUCCAGUCCACUGGCAUUACAGUUCAAAGCAAAUAUCAUUAACACAUCUAUGAGCAUGAUCCUUACUUGUCCAGCGACCACAUCUGAUACCGUGCAUGUGUCUGCUUUGAGACCAGUUUUUUCUUUGUGCAGAAAGGUCUGGGCAGGACACAGAAGUCUUUAUGAUAUACCAUAAGUCUCAGAACCCAGCAGAAAAUGACCUUUAUAUAACUGGAACUAGAUCAUACAUCCAUGUCCUUUUUCCAAGAAGGACUUCUUAAGAAAGUAAAAAUUGACUUUAUCCAAAAUAGUGACCAUCUAGCCACCCAAAGCUCCAGAAGGCAUGUAUUUAUAUCUGAUUCCUCAGUUGAUACUGGGAAGCAAAAAUGCAGUUGUGAAAGCCAAUAUCUGCCUCCUUCGAUAUUUGGUUUUCAUUCUUCCACAGUCCAGCUUGUUCUGACUCAUCUUCUUCAAUGUCCUUCAGGCUUAUCAGCACAGUCAGAAGGUUUAGUGGAACAAUUUGAGUGGAUUUGAUCAGGGUUUACUUUGGACAAAGGGUGACUGUGACUUUCAUUAUUCCCUGUAAUAUAUAAGUAUGAAUCAAUAAAGGUUCCUUUUGAAACCUCCAA